GACGCCUAGGAUUGAAAUGGGUCUCCAGCGGAAUGGCCGGUGUCGCUGCUUGGCAGGCCGUUGACCCCCGGGAUGCCAUGUCUCAACACGAAGGCGGUGCCGCGCCCCGCGACCUGCGACUUUGGGCUGUCGCCCUGCACGGAGCUCCGGGGGGAGGGCGGCGUCUUCAAUGGCUAUCGGCCCUACGCGGCCGAGGCCACCUUCCUCGCCAAGCUCCUCUCGGGGCCGGACGAAGUCAUCGUGGAGGACCCCCACGAGGCCUCCUACUUUCUGGUGCCCUUCCUGUCCUCCCUGUGGUGCUUCUUGAGCGCCCCAACAUGCUGGGUGCGGUGCGCAUCGCAGCGGCCCCUCAACUCCAUCCUCCCACUUCUCACGUACUUCAAUGCCUCCACCGCUCACCGCCACCUCUUCAUCGGCUCGGACUCAGUAGGAGAUCUCUCACAAGACCUGCAGAUGCAAGUCCUCACCCUGCACUACGGACCCUCCCCCUGCGGUCCGGGGUCAGGGCCGCUGAUUACCCCGCCCCCCUUGGCGGACGACCUGCCCGUGCCGGGCCGCUGGGAGUUCAGUUCCAAGGACCUGUUCAUCUUCACCGCGGACGGGAUCGGGCGACGGCCGUUCCGCCGGGAGGUGGUGGAGGAGCUGGCAAAGUGGCAGCAUGCCAUGCCCCACCUCUUCGUGGUGGCGACUCGGGAUGGAGGUAGCAAGAGCCCUGUGUGCAGCACGUGCCACAGUGCACCGUCUGGGCCGGAGUGGGCGCACCAGAUCCGGCGUGCGGUGUUCUGCCCGGUGCUUCCCGGUGACAACACCUUCCGCAUGAGGCUCUUCCACGCUGUGCUGGCGGGAUGUUUGCCUGUGGUCAUCCUCUUUCCUGGUGGCAGCUGGUACCGGAACCAGGGCCCCCCGGUGGAGUGGAGCCUUCCCUUCCCAGGCCGAGUGGACUGGCGGGGCUUUAGCGUGGAGCUGCCCUUUGACCCCUCCAAGGAGGCCCUUGGUGUCUGGGCCAAGCGUUUGGUCCCGACGCUGCUGCAGUUGGAUGCCAAGGAGAUCCACCGCAGGCAGGCGCUUCUGGCCGAAGCCGCGCCCUUGCUGCGCUUCGACUUCCAGGGGCAUCGCCCGGAUGCCUUCACGGCGCUCUUGGACGAGCUCAGCGAGCGACCACUGGAGCCAGCCCGGCUGGACUGCUUCGACCCCCGGGAGCGCUUCGACACCGAGCGGUGCCUCUCGGGGGCCGAAAGCGUCGCGCGGGAGGAGGUGGAGAUCUACGGGGUCGUGGCGUGCUGCCCCAAGUGGGGCCAGGAGCCUGCGGAAGGCAACCGCUGGAACUCCUCCUGCAACUUGGGCGUGGAGGGUGUGUGCGCCAGCUUUGUGCCCAGCGAGGAAGAGGCGCCGGCCUUCGACGGAGGAAGGCGCUACGAUCCCGCGCGGCGCCACAAUCUCCGGAAGCACCUGGAGGCCAUGUUCCGUGACCGUCGGAGCUUCGAUGAGGUGCUUCUGGAGGACCAGGUCUGCAUGUAGAGCUCCUACCGCAGCUGGCCGAAGCUUCCAGUGGUGUACAUAGCCGGUGUCUCCGAAAACCUUCC